UACCUCAGUGGAUUUCGGGGGGGAAAUAUUUGUAAAUUGUUUCUUGAAAUUCUUUCUGAAAACCUCCAGUAACGUGGCUCGGGAGGCGAGAAAAGCACCACCCAAGGAGGACUCCAGACCUGAACUCUGAGCAGCUUCUUUCGGUCUCCUAGCAACCCACGUAGGGAAACGUAGACUGAACGCGACAGGAACCCAGUUGCCUCAUACAUCAUUUCUCGGCGGCCCGAACCCCGUUGGGAGGAGGGAGAACGAAAAGGCCGCGGCGCCCGCAGGGAAGAGCAGGAUGCCGGGGCGUUGGGGGGUGUGCUCGAAAUGUGAUUUGGCACCUGAAUUUGUGCGUGUAUGGAGGCCAUGUGUGUGCCGCUGUCUUGCAGGGGCAGCUGGGAGACGCCCCACCGGUGCACAAUCAUAGCUUGGGGAAGCGCCACGAUUACAGAAGUGGCAGCAAGCAGAAGAGGAGAACUCACCAAAUGAGUGAAGCUGCCUUUUUCCCUGGAUGUUGAUUUCAAGAACUUUAUCAUGGGCCAGAUCUCAAGUCAGACACACACAGUUAUUAAUAAACUGCCAGAAAAAGUAGUCAAACAUGUAUCUCUGGUUCGAGAAAGUGGCUUCCUGACAUAUGAAGAGUUUUUGGGGAGAGUAGCUGAACUUAAUGAUGUAACUGCUAAAUUAGCUUCUGGCCAGGACAAGCAUCUGUUGUUUGAAGUGCAGCCAGGUUCCGACUCUUCUGCUCUCUGGAAGAUGGCUGUUCGGGUAGUGUGUACUAAGAUAAACAAGACAAGUGGCAUUGUUGAAGCAUCAAGAAUCAUGAACUUAUAUCAGUUCUUGCAGCUUUAUAAAGAUAUUACAAGUCAAGCAGCUGGUGUUCUUUCACAGAACAUUGCCUCAGAAGGAGCUGUGGAAGAUCUGUCGUCUGUUGCAACGUGUCAGGCCAGCAUGUGGAUGGGAAGGGUAAAACAGUUGACUGAUGAAGAAGAAUGUUGCAUCUGUAUGGAUGGACGGGCUGAUCUGAUUCUGCCAUGUGCGCACAGCUUCUGUCAGAAAUGCAUGGAUAAAUGGAGGGGUCAUCACAGGAAUUGCCCUAUAUGUCGUCUGCAGGUGACUGCAGCAAAUGAUUCUUGGGUGGUGUCAGAUGCACCUACAGAAGAAGAUAUUGCUACCUACAUACUCAACAUGGUCGAUGAAGCAGGCCAGCCCCACAGGCCAUGAGACUAGCAACGUUCAUAGUUUUGACACACUUCAAGAUUACAUGUUCACUGUUUCUGUGUUUUGGUUUACUCAUUGUAUUGGUUUCUAUAAGCUAUAUCAGUGCCCUUUAAAACUGACCACUAGUUUGAGCCAUUUAUAAUAUUGAAUAUUCAUUUAAAUGAUCUAUAACACUUAGAGACAUUAUAUUUAGAGGUUUCAGACAUCUUAUAAAACACUGGAAGAGUUUGUAUUUUACUUUACUGUUUUUCUGUAUUGGCUUGUUAACAUUGCACUGGAUUGCAGAAACUGCUAAAGUAGGAAGGGUAGCUACUGAGGCCUGUGGUCUUCGCAUGCAGUCUUCCUUCAUGCAAGUAUGUCUGUGCCUGAUUACAUGAAUAGGAAUGACUGUGGUCCCACUCUAAAACUGAAAUAACUUUUUGCCCCCUUGUGGUAAGCUAUUGCCACUCUUAAUGUUUAGUAUGGUCACAUAAAUCAGUGCUAACUGUAACAUCUUGCUUUAAGCCAAACACUUAUGCGAUAGCACAUUAUUUUGAUAAACUUGCUUUUGCAUUUUUUCAGGGAGAGUAAAUUGUCUAGGCUGCUUUAAACGACUUUAAAGCUUCCUAGUCCAUGAAGGCAUGCAUGCAUUCUCUAUUAAAUGUGUCCAUAGCAUAUUGAUCACAAGUUACUAAAAGUAAUUUUUGAUUACACAUAGUAAGAGGCUUAAGGUACCGAACAAUAGUUGUUUAUGUUUAGUCUGGCUUUCUUCAAUUUUCUAGUUUUUCUAAGCCACACCAUUAUAAUAUUUAAAAUAAAAAAAUAAAAAACCCACACACCAAAAUGGUGCUCAGUUCCCUUCUACAAAUGCACCAUGUUCUCCUGUAACAAGAAGGAGAGCCUUUUUGGAUCAUGAUAGCUUUAAUGACUUACAGAAUCUGUAACCCUGAGGCCUGUACUUCUUGUUCUCAGGAACAUCCUUUUCCACAUUUGCAUUUUAAUUGUAUUUGUUUGAAAUAUCUAGUUACAGUGUUAAGGAAAUUUGUUUUGAAGUUGGGUUUUAUUUCUUGGAAGGGUGGAUAAAUAAAUAUUUCAUGAAACAUUCACUGUCACAUUUUGGAUUGCUGGAUAUUUAUAUAUUGUAAAAUAGUUUGCCACCUUCACAGAAGUCUCACAAGUGCGUUAAGGCUAAAACCAUUACUUGCAGAUUUGUAAUGGCCCAGCUCAGAUGUUGCCCAGAAUGUUCCACAUAACCUCCAUGAGCCUUGGGCUCUUGUGCCCCUUCUCCCUUUAUGCACAAGGGGGAAGAUUUAAACUUCCAGUUCUGGUUUAGAACAAACCAAGAUUUUUGUUAUGUCCAAACCAGAGAUGCUGAGUGGAAACUUUUCCAUAUUAUAUUUUUGUGGAAAUUUUUCCAUUCCUAAAAAUUUAGUUUUAUGAAACUACAAAAUAAUGACUGGAAACCAACAUGAUAUUGGGCAAACUGGGCAGUUGCAAAACUCUAACUUGUUUCAAAUUAUUAUCCCUAGGAAGUCACGAGCAUGUGUGCGUGCAUGGACACACACAUCUGUUGAUUUGCAAACGGGUAAAAUAAAACCAAAAUAAAUAACAACACAAACAAAAAGAAUCAAAGUUAUACAUUUACCAGAUGAGCUGUGCAAAGCAAAACUAAAACUAAUGCUCUUAUUCAACUUUGGACUGCAAGUUAAAGCAAAACUAAAACUAAUUGGUUUUGGUUUGACUUCAGGCAGACAUGUAGAACAGGAUCCAGAUUAACACUGCAAUAGGAAGGAUGUUUUGCUUGUGAAACUAGGGGAGGGGACAAUUUGAUGAUUCUUUCCUACAUCCCCCACAACCUGCAGAUACAGCAGCAGGAGAGGCAGAAAUCAGAAAAUUGCCUCUCCCCACUGUGCAUGGGAAAACAUUAUUUCCCCUCAUGCAGCAUUAGUCAGGAUCUUGCUCUUAGAGCAGUGUCAUUUCUUUUGCUGAGCUUGAAGGUGGAAAUACUACUGUGCAUUGUAUAACACUUAAGUAUUGUAUUUAAAUUUUAGAAGUACAUAUAAUUUUCACAAAGCUUUGAAUUUUUUUUUAAGAUUAGCACAUUAAAUAUGUUGUACUGAAUUCUCCCUAAUAAAAUAUUUCAGUUCAGUUAGUUGCAGUUAUUAGAAAACCUUUUCAUGUCUAUAUAGCAGAUAACAGUAACAUGGGGUACUUUUUAGGGUUUUUUAAUAUGCAAGUCAAAUAUGCUCAGAGCCUGUAUUUAGGGCAUUGUGAAAUUUUCCAAUUCAAAACUUUCUGGAAAGCCCACAUCACUCCUCUAAACCCAACCAAUCCUGGCUUGUUCUAAUCAGUUUAUGAACAAGGAUUUAUUAUUGAAGCCUAGUUCUGUAUCCUAGUUGUUCAUAAAAUCUGGCUGGAACAAUCCAGGGCUUGCUGGGAUCAGUUAUCACAACAAAUCCUGCUCUCCAUUAAGGCCAAGACUGGAAGUUUAAAACUUCUUCCCCCAGUAUGCAGAGCAGUGGUGGCGGCGCAUGAGCCAAAGGCUUGUGAACACCAUGCAGAACUAAGAUUACAGUUCUCUGCAAAGUCUGGACUGGUUCACUAAUAUCUAAAGCUUUAUUGUAAGAUAUGUCCCAAUACUGAACCUAUAUACUCAAGACAAAAAUAGAACUCUAGUGUUAGCCUGCAAGUAAUCUUGAAUUUGUUUACUUGGGAAUAGUUUUCUUGCUGUUGUUUAGACUUUUAAAAUAGACUUUCUAGCAUAUUAGAGUGGACAUGAAGUUUUUUCUAUUUCCUCAUUUGUAAAAUUAAUGUGUCUAUGCAGCAUCCAGGCUGGUUAGUCAUGAUUAAUGUACCUUGUCUUAUUUACUUCAAUUAUUAAGUCCUAUUAAUUUCAAUAGUGUUUAAUUAUGACUAAUUUAGUUUGGAUGUUGCCCACUGAUCUUUUUUACAAAAUAUUUGAAAUUGGUGGUGUGCUAGUAGUUCUGGUUAUUUUAAUACCUGCAUUUAAAACAAAAUAAGUCAUUAUUCCUUCUCUACUCAAGUUUUAUAUUGGGUAUAUAAAACUUUCACAUUUUUGAAUUGCAGCACAAACAUUACAGAUCAUUAAUCCUCACACUGCUUUUCCUUUUUCCAUGACAGGCUUCAAAAAAGUUGUGAUCCUGGCAACAAUCCUAUGUGCCAGACUUUGAGUUGGGUAGACAGAAAGCAGAUGGGAAAAGUUAUGACUCUAUAAAUAAUAAAUCCCCCAGAUUAUAUACUUAAGCACAGGGUCACCUGCAACUGUGGCACUAAUACCAUCAAAGAUUGUAAAUAUGUGUAAAGUGAAAAUGUAUGUAAAUUUUAUAGUGUGUAUAGCUCUUACAUUAAUUUAAAAUGCACACAGUGGUGUAAGUACUGUGAUGUAUGUGUGCCUUGUAAAGUAUAUAAUGUAUGUACUGUAGGUCAGCCUUGCAAAUUAUUUAGAAGGUGGUUGCUCACCCAAUUCUCAGUUCAUCAGUUCCACUAUUGUUCCCUCCUUCCUCUGCAACACUGUAGUUUUGCUCCUCCCUCUACUAGCAUUAAAGGGCUGCUAACCCUUUGAGGCUACAAGAGAAGGAAUGUUCGUGAACAUAGUAUGCCAUUUACCACUCGGGUGUUUUUCAAUGGGCUAUUGAUGGACACUUUCCACACGAACAGGCACAUGAAAAAAUGACAAGGCUGCUGUAAGUUAUAAACAUACAUAUCCCUGAAAACAUUAAAUAGCAUUUAAUUACAUAAAAUGGUACUAACUGAAAAGGAAAACUCAACUUGAUCAUAAUAGCAGAAAGACCUAUCUUUAAAAAGUCAGUUAUGUUUCAGUACGAGUUGAAUUACUGCUUCAGAGCACAGGAUAUUUGCAUUCCUAAAUUCUUGGCAUUAAUGUGAAUAUUUUUUAAAGUUUGAUAAAAACUGUUAAUAGCUGCAAGCCUUCCAAUGUAUUAUAUUGCUAUGAAUUUUGUUCAAUAAAUAUUUGCAUUUCCUUCA